CAAAGUCAUCUGCACAAGAAAUACAUAUCGUAACUUGAAAAGAUCUCCAACUAUUCUAAGUAUUUUUCAAGCGUGAUGACACACAUAUCAUGUGUGCAUACAUUUUACUGAUAAACUUGUCAACUGUGAACUUUGAACAAUAUCAGAAAAAAUAUACCACGUCAUUAUAUAUGUAUAUAUGUUGAUAUUUUGAAUAUAAGAAUUUUGAAGAAACAGAUGUAAGAUUCGAGCAAUGGCACCAGCAAGAAGUCAUGUUAUCAAUAGCAAUCAGCUUAGAAACUCUUCUAGCAUUUCGUCCAAUAUGCCAGGACCACAUUCACCCUUUCAAACUAUUGGAGCAGCUGUUCCACCUCCAUUGCCACCUCGUCAACCUGUUCAAAACUAUGUAGGAUACAAUGAUUAUAGACCAUAUGGUUCAAGUUAUUAUGGAAAUUAUGGAUAUGGUGGAAGUUAUAGAGGCUACGGUGGAUAUGGCUCUUUUGGAAAUUAUGUUCCUUAUUCUAGUAACAGUUAUGGACAAUUUGGAGGACACAGUGGUGAUGUAGAAAAUAGAUUUCAAGUGUACGCAGAAGAAAAUACGAGGUCGAUUUUCCGUGUAGUGGAGACAAUAUUACACACAUUUUCAUCUAUCACAAUGUUAUUGGAGUCUACAUACUUUGCCUUGACAAAUUCCUUGAGAGCGAUUUUGAGCGUGGCAGAUAAUAUCAACAGACUACGUUCAACACUUGGACAGCUACUGAGUACAUUUGCUUUAAUCCGAGUCAUGAAAUGGAUUUAUAAAAAAAUUUUAUUUAUGCUUGGUCUUCGAAAUAUGCAGAAUGUUACGACAGAAGAUUUGUGGCAACAAUCAAUGUUACAAACGACAAACGGAGAACAUACAGUAAUGACUAACGGACAGAUUUCUUCAUGGAUGAACAUUUUGUUUCUUGGUAUAUUUGUCGCUAUUCCAUAUUUAAUUCACAAAAUAUUAAAUAAUAUAAGGCAGACUGAAAUAAAAGUUAAUGAUCCAAAAGAAUGGGUUAAGUGCGAAGAUCCUAUAUGCGUGGCGACUGCAAUGUACGAUUUCACGGCGAUAUCUAACGAAGAAUUGAGUCUCAGGAACGGUCAAAAAAUAUGGUUGGCGCCACGAUCCUUGCAGUCAAAAAGUAUACCAGGUUGGUGGAUAGCCACUGACAAUAGAAAUGUCGGUUUAGUGCCUGCCAACUAUGUAACUAUAGUGGGACAGUUAAAGAAAAAGUCAGAAUCAGAAAGUAAUGGAAAUACCACCGCGUCUACGCUAAUUCCAACUUCUAUGCAAAAUGUAAUAGCUUCUAAUGAACAGGCAGAAACGACGAGUGUAAAUACGCUAGAACACACAACACACACACCUACCACCAGCCAACAAAGUACUGAUUUCUCUGAAACUAAUAUUAAAAAUGACUUACUUUAGUUCAAAUAUAUUGGGGGAUUUAAUUUAAAUCUAUCAGUUUCGAUAGUCGAAGCUUGUUACACAAUCUUAAGUAUAUAUGUGGCCUAUAUCUUUAUAAAAAGAACAUGACUGAUAUUCUUAAAAAUAAUAUACAUAAUAUAUAUAUCUUGAAUAAUAUGUAUGUGUAUUAAACAUGCGCCAUAUAUAUUUACUGGGUAUUAAGUAAGGCAAUGAGCUCUAUUUCAAUAUAAGGAUUGAAAAACAUUAUAGAAGUCCAUUUGUUGAGAUUUUUAAUGAAAAUGUCUAUUGAAGAGCUUACUGUAAAAAAAGAAUACCACAAGUUUCACUAUCUUUAAAAAAUUUAUAGUAAUAUUAUAUUUUAUAUUUUAAGUUACAGCAGGGGUAGUUUGUAAUAUGUGUGGGUGCACCAAGGAGACUAAAAUUCGUUAAAUAUUUAAUUAAAGAAAAAAAGACAAAGGGCAGAUGCGAAUCAUACAAAUGUACAUAUAAAUGAUUCAAUAUUUAUAAUUAAUUUUUAUGAAGGCGACAUUUCAAUAUCAGAUUAUACAUUUAGUGAUAACAAUAGUACUCAAUAAAUGUUUGAAUAUUAUAUAAAACUAAAUUUUUUCUCUGAUAUAUAAGAAGCAUGGUUUUUCGUCAAUUAUUAUUAAUUAUAUAAUUUGAUUGCUUUAUAUUUGUAGAAAAUGAAGAGUCGUUAAAUUGCACGUUCAGUAGGCCUAUUUUCAAACUUCGUAACGAUGUUGUUAUCGUUAAAAAUUACAGAAUAGCAGUACUGAAAUCGCUUUAUAAAUAAAUGAAUAUUUAGAGUAUAUCACAAUCUCGUAUCAUAAAAUAUUCAAACAUAGAUCAAUACAAUCGUGUUUUAUACCUGAAGAUCAGCAUAAAAUUAAUUGCAAUAUUAUACCAAAAAGAUUUUAAAUAUAAGACUCUAUAAGCUCAAAAUUAUAGAAUCUCCACACGGAAAAAAAAAA